ACAGGCUGUAGAUCAUUCUGACCAUUGCUCCUCUCCCAGGAAUCACUUUUAAGGGUUUUCUAAAGUUUUUUGGGGGGCAACUUUACUUUCAAAUUUAAACUAAACAAAAUGGCACCAAAGAAGGACGUAAAGAAACCUGCAGCAGCUGCAGCACCAGCGCCCGCGCCAGCACCCGCACCAGCGCCUGCACCAGCGCCUGCACCAGCUAAACCCAAAGAACCAGCAAUUGAUCUCAAGAGCAUCAAGAUCGAGUUCUCCAAGGAGCAACAGGAUGACUUCAAGGAGGCCUUCCUCCUCUUUGACAGGACUGGCGAUGCCAAGAUCACCCUGAGCCAGGUUGGCGAUAUCAUCCGCGCGCUGGGGCAGAACCCUACAAACGCUGAGAUCAACAAGAUCCUGGGCAACCCCAGCAAAGAGGAGCUGAAUGCCAAGAAAAUUACUUUUGAAGAGUUCCUGCCCAUGCUGCAAGCAGCUGCUAACAACAAAGACCAGGGUACCUAUGAAGACUUCGUUGAAGGCCUGCGUGUUUUUGACAAGGAGGGCAAUGGCACAGUCAUGGGGGCUGAACUCCGCCACGUCCUGGCUACUCUGGGUGAGAAGAUGACGGAAGAGGAAGUAGACGAACUGAUGAAAGGUCAGGAAGACUCCAACGGCUGCAUCAACUACGAGGCAUUUGUAAAGCACAUCUUGUCCGUCUAAGUGGACCUCCUCAGAUACCAAGGGAACAAGCUGAAUUUGGAAAAACCAGACAGCACCAGAGAUUUGUCUCAGUGAAAUUCUUGCUCUGUCAGUCACUGUCAACACAGAUACCACACAGGACUGGACAAUGUGCCUCCAAACCCACUACUUUUUACCAGUGCAUCCAUACGUAUCACCCUCUGGGUCACUACACUUUCAUUUCAAAAACCACUAAGGCAAGCUAGAUGGAACAAAGUGCUACCAUCCGCCAUCCAUCCUUCCCAAGCAUCUUUUUCCAUGUUGUUUGCCAAUGAAACUAUGUAAUCCCUUGGAAAAAUAAAGUGUCAAUAAAUCCCUGUGGUCACUUUGGGGCUAUAAAGUCUUUCUUUCUCUACAGCUAUUCAAACCGUAUCCAAA